CGACGCGAUCCCAGCUUCCAUCAUCGACUGUGUGGGCAACACCACCCAUCUGUCAGGCGCAUCGUCUCGCCUUUUCUCUACCCGCCGACUCUAGAUUCCAUCAUGCCGCCCAGUACACACACCUUGACUCGUCCCUUUCACCACUUGGCGCAUCUGCUAUCACGCGCCGCCAGGGCCGCUUGGUACCCCAUCCACGGCAUCUGGUACUUUUUGCGACACCCAGAAUUCUACCCCAUCUUCGUCGGCCGGCUGCUCCCUCUCUCUAUCAUAUCAUUCCUUGUCUACUUUAUCUUGUUUACCUUCACUUUUAUUCCCCAAUUUUUGCUUCUCUACAUCUUCCAAGGACGCGCCGGCGCGUUGAUAAACACAACUGUCCUCGUGCUGGGAGAGGGUCUGGUGCUGAUACAAGCACUGUUCGAAGGCCUGUUUGUCGACGAAUGUCGCGUGGAUAUUUUCGAUGCCACCUUGAUUAACCAUGGCUUCGUCGACCUCAUUGCGCCGCAGCGCGUCCUCUUCGUCGAUGCCCCGAACUCGGUCAAGAUGCUAGGCAAACCCACAAGCCGCGCCGAAUACUCGCCGUUCAGCUGGACCCAAAUCUUCGAGCUCGUCGCCUGCCUUCCCCUCAACCUUAUUCCCUACAUUGGCACACCCGCCUUCAUCAUGAUAACCGGGUCACGCGUGGGAAAACUCUCGCACUACCGAUGGUACAAGCUGCGUGGAAUUGACAAGAAGACCAUGAAGAGAGAUUUGAAUUUCAAGAGCUGGGACUACCUGUGGUUUGGCACAGUGGCUAUGAUUCUGCAGCUAAUCCCGGUGCUGAGCUUCUUCUUUUUGCUGACCACCACUUCGGCGGCAGCAAUGUGGGCGGCCAAGAUGGAAGAGUUGUCUCGUGUGCGGGUGGGUAGACCAGUCACUGCGCAGGACCGAGUUGAACAGGAAACAGACGACCCGGUGUACCACGAUGACCCUGUCUAG